GGAGGAGGAGGUGGAGGACGGAGAACCCAACCUCAGCCUCCAGCUAGAAAGUUUCAUGUACUUUACGGAUUAAAGGUAAUAUUAGCUCAUUGGGAAGAAGGAUUUUACCAACAGAUCAUCUGGUCAUUUCAGAAGUCACAUUCCUAACAUUGGCAAGCAUGCUGCUCCGGAGGCUGUGUUCAAGGACCCAAGUGGACCCCCCAAAACUGUCCUGGAGGACCACCAGGACUCUGUCACAAGGCAAACCCCAUGGCAGCUCCUUUGCCCACCGCCACGAGCUGCGCCACGCCAAGAGGAUCGUGGUCAAGCUGGGAAGCACAGUGGUCACCCGCGGCGACGAGUGCGGCCUGGCGCUGGGGAGGCUGGCUUCUAUCGUGGAGCAGGUGGCCGCGCUGCAGAACAAGGGCCGUGAAAUGAUGAUAGUCACCAGUGGAGCGGUGGCCUUUGGCAAGCAGCGACUACGUCAUGAGGUCCUGCUGUCUCAGAGCGUCCGUCAGUCCCUGCACUCAGUUCACAGUCAGCUGACAGACAUGCAGUCAGUGCCGUUGCUGGACGCCCGAGCCUGUGCAGCAGCAGGCCAGAGUGGACUGAUGGCCCUCUAUGAGGCCAUGUUCACCCAGUAUAGCAUCUGCAUCGCACAGAUUCUGGUGACCAAUCUGGACUUCUAUGAUCACCAGAAGAGGAAGAACCUGAACAGCACCUUGCAGGAGCUAUUGCGCAUGAACAUUGUACCCAUCAUCAACACAAACGACGCCGUCGUGCCCCCGCCGGAGCCCGACAGCGACCUGCAGGGGGUGAUCAGCAUUAAGGACAACGACAGCCUGGCGGCGCGUCUCGCCGUGGAGAUGAGGGCCGACCUGCUAAUCGUGCUCUCUGAUGUGGAAGGACUGUACAACAGCCCCCCCGGAACCGAUGACUCAAAGCUCAUCGACACCUUCUAUCCCGGAGAUCAACAGUCCAUCACCUACGGGACAAAGUCCAGAGUGGGAAUCGGCGGCAUGGAGGCUAAAGUAACGUCGUCCAUCUGGGCGUUACAAGGUGGCACCUCCGUGGUUAUCGCCAACGGCACCCAUCCCAAAGUCACGGGCCACGUCAUCACUGACAUUGUGGACGGGAAGAAAGUGGGCACAUUUUUUUCUGAGACUAAACCAGCUGGCCUGACUGUCGAGCAGCAGACAGAAACCGCUCGAAAUAUGGGAAGAAAGCUGGCAUCUUUGCACCCGGAACAGAGGUGCGAGAUCAUCUACCACCUUGCAGACCUUUUGGUUGAAAGGAAAGAGGAGAUUCUUUCCGCCAACAAGAUGGACUUAGAGCUGGCAGUCAGUGCAGGCCAACUUCCGUCCGCCACGCUAAGGUGUCUAAACCUGUCGGCAGCCAAGCUCAACAGCCUGGCUGUGGAUCUGCGCCAGAUAGCGACCGCCACCCUGGACAGUGUGGGCCGGGUACUGCGCAGGACCAGGGUGGCUCACAACUUGGAGCUGGAGCAGAUCACUGUGCCGGUCGGGGUUCUUCUGGUCAUCUUCGAGGCUUGGCCCGACUGUGUCCCGCAGAUGUCAGCAUUAGCCAUAGCUAGCAGUAAUGCACUGCUGCUAAAGGGCGGCAAAGAGGCGGCCAACACCAUCGGUGUCCUCCAUCAGAUCACACAGGAAGCUCUCACCGUGCAUGGAGUCAGAGAUGCUGUACAGCUGGUGAGCUCCCGCGAAGAGGUGGAGGAUCUGUGCCGUCUGGACAAGAUGAUCGACUUGAUCAUCCCCCGGGGGUCUUCCCGGCUGGUCCGAGACAUCCAGCAUGCCGCCAAGGGCAUUCCAGUGCUGGGUCACAGUGACGGCAUCUGCCACAUCUACCUGGACGCGGAAGCAAGCGUAGACAAAGCUAUCAAGAUCAUCCGAGACUCCAAGUGUGACUACCCGGCGGCUAGCAACGCUAUGGAAACGCUCCUGAUCCACUGUGACAUCCUCGGGACGCCGCUUUUCGACCAGAUCAUUAACAUGCUGCACGCCGAGAGGGUGAAGAUCCACGCCGGCCCGGAGUUGGCCUCCUACAUGAUGUUCAGCCCGUGCCGGGCCCAGUCCAUGCGCACCGAGUACGGCGACCUGGAGUGCUGCGUGGAGGUGGUGGACAGCAUGCAUGAAGCUGUGAAGCACAUCCACAAGUACGGCAGCUCCCACACGGACGUCAUCAUCACAGAAAAUGAGGAGACAGCCCAGCACUUCCUGCACCAGUUGGAUAGCGCCUGCGUCUUCUGGAACGCCAGCUCUCGUUUUGCUGACGGCUACUGCUUUGGACUGGGUGCAGAGGUAGGCAUCAGCACAGCGCGAAUUCACGCCCGCGGCCCCGUAGGCCUGGAGGGGCUGCUCACCUCCAAGUGGAUCCUUAGAGGGGACGGCCAGACGGCGGCCGACUUCUCAGAGCGAGGCACCAUGAAGUACCUCCACGAAAACAUAGACCCUGGCCAACAGUGCCAGCUCUAGGCUGUGUGUGGCUCUUAACAAUUUUUUGUUUGUGGCUCCAUUUCAAUCUUUAGUAUCACAAAGGAAGUUCAAUUAUAUGCGUUGCAAAUGGAAUUGAAGGCUCCAAAUGUCUCUAGUUAUUAAAUAUAGAAACAAUCUAAAUUGACUUUAACAUGGUCUGGGCCUUUCUGAUCAUAUGUUGGAACCCAAAACAACCACAGAGGGUUUACGUUUGGAACCAGCCCUGCUGGCCAGGUAGAGGAACAGCAGCCUAAUUAAAGAUGGCCUGAAAAAAAGCAAAAACGUGGAGUAAUAAUGUUCAUAAAAUGUGUGUGGCUUAAAACUUAUGAUUUUUAAAUAUAACACUUUCUCUCAGUGGGUAAUAGAAGCAGCAUUCUCACGGUGUCAUUUUUUAUUUAUCUUUUCAUUCGACUAUGGUCUCUUAUUUACCUAAUUAUAUAAUAAAUAUAGAAUUUUGUAUCUCAGUCCAUUAUUAAGCUUGCGUCUCUAAAUUCUUAAUUUUGGAUACAAAGUUACAUUGUUAUGUGACUUUUCUUUGAUUGCCAAAUACAAAAACUCAAAUAAUUUCUGAUUUUUUCUGCAAACAAUUACAUUUUGAAUUUUCAAACAAUUACAUUUUUAAAACCAAUUUACCGUAUUUCCUUGAAUUGCCGCAGGGCAUAUAGUAUGCGCCUGCCUUGAACUACUGCCAAGUCAAACUCGCUUCGCAAAAUAAUUAGCGCAUGCUUAGUAUUACCGCCGGGUCAAACUCGUGACGUCACGAGUGACACUUCCCCUGUCAUCAUUUUCAAAAUGGAGGAGGCUGGUUUCAAUACCGGUAAUUUGAAAUCGCAUAAAGGGAAGAAGAUUAAGAGCUAUUCAGUAGGAUUUAAGGUCCAAGCUUACAUCACACUCAAAUUUUUGCUGCAUGCCUUUGGUAAGUGCUGGAGUGAGGUUUUAAAUUAAUUAGCGCCCCGGUGGCAACUCAAGGAAAUACGGUAUAUUGUAUUAUUUAUUUAAAAAAAACAAAUACAUGUUUUUCAUCAAAACAUUUUUGUAAAUUAGUUUUUAUCCAGAAAAAAUAUUUGGAUAUAUCUUAUUACUCGUUUAAAAUAUACUAAAUUGGUAGUACAUGUUAUUUCAUGAAAAUAUAUUUAGAUUUUUUUUAUUAUCCAGUAAAAAAGAUAAUUUGGACAUUUUUUUCAAAAAAUAGUAAAUUGGGAGAGACAUGUUUUUUUAUUAAAACAUUUUUGUAAAUUAGUUUUUAUCCAGAAAAAAUAUUUGGAUAUAUUUUAUUACUCGUUUAAAAUAUACUAAAUGGUAGUACAUGUUAUUUCAUGAAAAUAUAUUUUGAUUUUUUUUAUUAUCCAGUAAAAAAGAUAAUUUGGACAUUUUUUUUCAAAAAAUAGGUAUUUGGGAGGGACAUGUUUUUUUAUUAAAACAUUUUUGUAAAUGAGUUUUUAUCCAGAAAAAAUAUUUGGAUAUAUUUUAUUACUCGUUUAAAAUAUACUAAAUUGGUAGUACAUGUUAUUCUAUGAAAAUAUGUUUUGAUUUUUUUAUUAUCCAGUAAAAAAGAUAAUUUGGACAUAUUUAAAAAAAAAAAUAGUAAAUUG